AUGAACUAUUCUGAUUCUAUAUCUUUCAUUAGAAUCCCAACUUGGUGCAAAAACAUUCAUGAAUUUCAUAUUUCGCUUUUUGGCUUUACUGGUCCAGAAGUCUGUAAAAAUGCUGGAUCAAAAACUUUCAUCUUUUCUAUAUAUGCUUCAUUAGUAACAAUAGACAAAGGUGUACAGGGUAAUAUUGUUGGUGACAGUCGUGCUACUGGUUCAGCAAAUGAUGAUGGCAUUCCAGAAUUAGUCGGAAAUUCUGAAGCUGCAAGUGAAAAGAAAGAAAUAGCAAAAGCUAAUUAUGUUAUUACUACCACUACCACUACCACCGAUGAUGAUGAUGACAGGGCUCAACCCAAAAUAACUGCUGCACCUCCACAUGGUUGUAAUCAAAGUUUGAUCGAUAUGGCGAAUUCUGAAGGGAAGAUUGUUAAAAGGAAUUGUUCGCGUUGUAAAGAAGCGAAAAAAUAUGUUAAAUCAUUAAAUUCAAAAGUCUCUCGAAUUGAAGACUUGGUGAAUUCUCUGGCGAAGUCUGUCCAAGACACAUUAAUCAACGAUAACAAGGAUCAAGAUCAUAAUAUGCAAACAAACCAACAAACUCUACCGGAAAUCCUUUUAAAUGGACAAAAUAUUAAUACAAUCAAUGCAAUAAACAACAAUAUCGGUGGUGACAGCGGCAGCAACAAUGUAAAAAAUCGAGUGAAGACAAUGCCUUUCAAUAGGAUUGCAAUUAAUAAAAGAAAUUUAUGGAAUUAUAGCAUAGAAGAUUUAAUAAAAUUAGUUUAUAACAUUAACAAUUAUGUUACUUCUCAGAACAACGACAACGACGACGAAUACAACAACAGAGAUAAUAAUAGAGUCAGAAAUAGAAUUAUGUAA